GAGGCAUCUGCGCAUUAGUGUAGCUGGCAUGCCAUCAGGGCCGUUCGGCUUCUUGUACUCUCAAGGCUUGGCUUGCUUCUUCUACCAGCUCGCAUUUGAACCAGGUGAAUCAGUGUUAAGAGCAGGAAAGGUCACGUGUUCUAUAAAAGAAAGAAACCUGAAACGUCUCGAGGGUAUUACAACGCUUUACUGACGGUGAAAUGUCGGCCAGUGUGAAGGCAUUCCAUUAUGGGGACAUUACGUCGGCGCGGGAAACUGUGGCUGGGUGUCAAGACACCGUGACAGCAGCUACGAUGGCAGUGGAGACGGUGGGAGACAUCGAGAAGCUUGCUGAGGGCAAGAUGGAGGAGAGUGCUAGGCUCUACAUUGCUCUUGGCGCCGGUCGAGAGCAGACCCUCAGAGAGAACACGCUGGCUUUCCAAAGAAUACUUCUCAGACCACGGAUCUUUGUGGAUGUGGAGAGAAUCAACACCUCAACCACCCUGUUGGGACAAGCGGUAUCCUUCCCAGUAGGUCUGGCUCCAUCGGCGGUUCACAAAAUCGCUCACCCAGAAGGAGAGAUCAGCACUGCGAAAGCGGCUAAGGACGCCGGUACAUUGAUGAUCCUGAGCAGCUUAAGCACCUUCUCACUCGAAGAUGUCAGGGCGGCGGCGCCCGGCUGUCUUCUGUGGCAGCAAACGUACAUCUUCCGUGACCGUACUAUCACCAAGUCCCUGGUAGAGAGGGCAGCUUCCAUGGGGUUUUCGGCCAUCGUGGUCACCGCGGACUCUCCCGUGUUGGGAGACACUGUGCGUCGCCAUGCGUAUCGAACCAUCUUGCCACGUGGUCUCAGUUUCGCCAAUACUGAAGGUGCAUGUUCGAAAGGAUUCGAUGGAUGCGAGCCAAAGAGCAAAUAUUCGAGUGACAUGGAGUCUCGACCAUCUGCCACUUGGGAAGACAUCGAAUGGCUACGCCGUCUCUCGGGGUUGCCUGUAGUCGUAAAGGGCGUCCUCACGGCCCAAGCGGCACUCGCAGCACAUCAGCAUGGCGCAGCAGCCGUGAUUGUGUCCAACCAUGGUGGCCGUCAAUUGGACGGAACUCCAGCUACGAUCGACGUCCUUCCCGAGAUAGUGGCCGCCGUGGGUGACAAGAUGGAGGUGUACCUGGACAGCGGAGUGCGCACGGGCGCCGACGUGGUCAAGGCGCUCGCUCUGGGAGCUCGGGCAGUCUUCGUGGGACGGCCGGUGCUCUGGGGACUCGCGCAUGACGGCAAGCAAGGUGUAGACAGAAUGUUGCAGAUACUUAGAGAAGAACUGGAGCGCACCAUGCAACUCCUGGGGUGUGCUGAUAUCAAGGAGCUGUGCGAAGACUUUGUCUUGACGAAGAGCCACUGCUUGACGCAUUCUUGUUCACCACCGCAAUUUUAAAGGAGAUGGUGCUUAGUCUGCGUAAAUUAGCGGCAGUGCACGAGGGAAACACGACAGACCUCGAAAACACCGGAAGUGCUUUUCAAUGUUUCCGCUGUUGGUCACUUCACCUCAAGCUUCAUCCUGGAUUGUUUUUGCUUCUUGUUGUAAACAAAAGAGCACUUAGUGCAUGAAACCACCCAGUGGGUGUACCAGUUUAUUGCAAUAAAAUUAUGUAGGCAUUUUCUGAGGGGGUAACACGAUCCCGGCCUUGUUUCGGAUAAAGUGAAAAUAGAUACCAUU